AUGGAAAUGGAUCAGCCAACGGCCGCCGCUGUCGUCACGCCGCAACACCGCAAACGGAGCCACAGCCGCAGUCACCUUGCAUCGUCUUCCUCCCAGGUGGAUACACCCAGCAUCAAUGGCCGCCAGGACAAGGAUAGCCCAAGAAAACAACCCAAAGUCAGCCGCGCCUGUGAUGUCUGCAAAGCGAAAAAAGCAAAAUGUUCAGGGACGCUGCCGUGUGAUGGAUGCACGCGAAAAGGACUGGCCUGCGUCUACGAUGCCAAGUACUCGCGAGGCCGGCCGCCGACUCCUCCUCCAGCACAUCCACCGCUACCCCCUUCAAUCGCAGUUGUCGAUGUGGAUGUUCCCUCCCGGGCAUCGCCAGAAGUGGAUAUGGCCGAGAUUGAGGGCCAGUACUUUGACCCGACAUCCGGUCUGACAUUUCUCCACCGGGCGUUCAAGCGACUGUCGUCCCACAAGGCCGAGUUUGCGCCGCAUGUGUCGAGCGGCGCAGAGAAACAGCAGCCGCUGAUGACGGCGGGCGACCGGCCUUUGGAGUGUGACGAUGAUGGGACUACGGAACUCCCCGACCGAGACACAUCCAUGGCCGCUCUUGCCUACUACUUUGACACCUGCGUCGUCACCUACCACAUCUUCCACCAGGCCACCAUCAUGGGAUGGCUCAAGGCCAUGCUUCAGAAUGUGCAAGAGGGUCAGCCGCUACAAAACGGCCUCGGGCACUCGAGAGCAUCCAUUGUCCUCAGUAUCCUCGCCAUUGUGACGUUUCGCCAAGAAAAGAUCCGCAUGCGCUCCGAAUAUCCCCAGGACGAGGCUCGCGCACUGCGUCGCAGCGAUCCGUAUUUUGUCGCCGCCCGAGCACUGACCGACGCCGAGACAGGCCUGCCGCGACUCGAGUCUGCCCAGGCACGACUGGUCCAGGUACUGUAUCUGCUGCAGACGGCGAGGAUGAACCAAGGAUGGUACGUCUUCGGCAUCACGUCACAGAUAAUGGCGGCACUAGGGCUACACCGGCAAGGCGGGCGAACUAGACACAAUCUGUCAAGAUCCAGGUCGAGAUCAAGGGCAGACUACAUCAACAUCCAAUGCCGCAAGCGCACGUUCUGGGUGGCGUACAUCAUUGAUAAUUACCUCAGUGUUAUCUUGGGUCGGCCUAUGCAGCACCGCGAUGAAGACAUUGAGCUCGAUUUUCCCGACUGUGUCAACGAUGAAGACAUGACGCCCCAGGGACCGUCCACCACCGAGGCGGCCGACGAUUGUUACCUAGAUGCGAUGAUCUUCCACGCUCAACUCUCACAGAUUGUCGCCAAAAUCUCGCGGGAGGUCUACGCCAUCCAGCAUAUCCCCACACGAGAACGCAUUGCCGCUGCCCAUCGCUCCGUCUCUGCACUACAUUCAUGGCGGGCAUCCCUCCCAGCCCACCUCGGUACCGUCAAACCAUCGAGCCUCAUCCCCCGCUUCCGACGCCAGUCGACUGCUCUCAAGCUGGCCUACUGCCACGCCAUUAUACACGCCUAUCGACCGUUCCUGCUGGGACAGAGGGGCAUCUACCUCCACCAAGCGACGGAAAAUGCAGCAGACGGCACAUACACCGCCGAGUGUGUCUCAGCCGCCAAGGUCGCGCUGGAAACCGUCGCCUCCAUGGCCAACGACGGAUCGCUAUUUCAUGCCUUUUGGUGGACUGUCUACGUCACGUUCUGCGCCAUUGCCGUCGUCUACGUCUGUGAGAUUCAACAAAACAGGCAUCCUGGCCACGAAAACGACCAGCUAUCGCUCGCCCAGUUGUCGACACUGGCGGACCGCUGUCUUCAACACCUCGACAGGGCCACGUCCGUGCACUCGCCGAGUCGGCGAUACAGCGUUGUUCUUGAGGAGCUGCGGCGCGAAGCUCGACGUCAGACACAAGUCACCCUUGACAACGACCUGGGUGAGACGGUGCAGAUACAGGCCCAGACACACGUCCAAUCUGCGCCCUUCGACCUGAACGCCGCCCAAAUGUCAGGCCUCCCAGAUCCGCCCACCGAUGACAGCCUCCACUCGACACAAGAUCUGUGGAACGGGUGGCAGACCACAGAUUGGCUGGAUCUUGACUCGUCGGCAUUCGGACUACACGCAGACAUGGAUGGAUCUCCUAGUCUAUGGGAUUUGUCGUCAAGUUAA